AUGGGCCGAAAGCCGGGGGAGUCUUUGGGCGGUCCCUCCCAGAAAAUGUGGUGGGUCGACGACCCCUGUGGUCAAAACUAUGUCAUCAUUGCCCAGGUUCUCCUGGCCUUGUCCGGAUUGCUUGGUGCAGUGCAGGCCAAUUUCCUGGGCCCCGUCACCGUGCCUUUCCUGAUAUGGCACGAGGCCACGUGGCUCCUUGCCGCUUGGGCACACUUGGCCACAUCACUGCAGGAUCCAGGUGCCAUGCCACGGGGCUCUGCAGAGGCCCUGGCGCCGAAGGAUGUGGAGGGCGCCCCGGAGGUGCGAUGGUGCAAGCAUUGCCAGUUGGUGAAGACCUAUCGCGUGCACCAUUGCUCUACGUGCCAGCGCUGCAUCAAGAAGAUGGACCACCAUUGCAUGUGGAUGAACAACUGUAUUGGAGCAAAGAACCAGAAGCAAUUUCUUGUCUUCCUAUCCUACACGUCACUGCACUGCUCCGGGGCUUUGCUGUCGAGUCUUUACUGCUUGUUCUUGGCCACCACGCUCGAGGGCGACCGAAUCAACCCAGUGGUCCGAGGCGCUUCGGCAGCUGGGGCGCUGCUCGCCGUCGGCUUGGGCCGUUUCGCGGCUUCGCUGCUGCGGGAGCAGGUAUCGGCAAUCCGGCGAAAUCAGACUGGCAUCGAAGCGCUCAAAGGCACUCCCGGUGAGCCCCGUCCUUUCCGUACCUCCAUCCAGGAAGUUUGCGGAAGAUUGAGCUGGAGGUGGCUCUUCCCACUGCCUGCGGUCUCAGCAGUCUGA